AUGGAUUUUAGCCUCCCCUUCUUCUUCCAAUCCUACCGCCGUCCUUCAGACAAUGGUGCUGCUGUCUUGGAGAUAAUUUCUUAUAUAUUAGCCACCUCUGAGCUCCAAAACAUACAACCCGGCAAAGCACAGAUCGACCUCAUCCUACGUGACAAGGUUUGGUUGUUCGACCCGCCGCUCCUAGAGGAUGGAUACCAUGACCUCAGUCCCUUGCUCGAGAAAAAUUAUUUUGAGGACCUACAGGCUCUCGAUUCCCCAGAACUCACCGAGAUGUGGCCUGACCUCAUGGCGCAGUUGGUCGAGAAGGCCCCACGGCUCCCUGCUGAGCUACGGGAGUUCUUCCAAGAAAAAAUUCGGACAAAUCUCCAUGAAGCUACCAAGCUUGCAGCCUCAACAGAUAAUUGUGCCAUGAUCAUCACUGUAGACAUAGAAGUCAUCACAAAUAUGUCCUAUGAGCAAUAUCAUCAGGAGGAGCGCGAUGACCAUCUGGGCCUUGUGGAGGAGACUUAUUAUCAGGUGGCAUCGACUGAUGAGUUUGAUGAGUUUGAUGAGCUCAUCGAAGGAGAGGUAGGUUGGUCUCAUGGGCCCAUGGAUCGGCUAUCAGAGGAUGCCAUUGACCACAACGUGAUCAUCAUGGCUUACGAUGAAGGCGAGGUAGUGACUUGCACCAUCUGUCUCGAGGAUAUACUGAUGGAUACUAUUGCUGGUUGGUUGGAUUGCAACCACCUAUUUCACCCAGAUUGUAUAAUGCAGUGGUUAAGGAAUAGUAGGAUGUGCCCAAAUUGCCGACUAGAGCUGCAAGAAAUUGAUGAAUAA